CUUGUCUGAAGGAGCAUCUGCCUCCAAGAUGGCUUCCUCACAUAGCUGUUGACUCAGUUCCUCACCAUGAUGUCUUCAAGAUGUUGCAGCCAGGGGUACCUGGGAAACACGAGUUCUCUGUGGACAUGACCUGUGAAGGCUGCUCCAAUGCGGUCAGUCGGGUGCUCAACAAGCUGGGAGGAGUUGAGUUUGACAUUGACCUACCCAACAAGAAGGUUUGCAUCAACUCGGAGCACAGCGUGGACCUUCUACUGGAGACCUUGGGAAAAACAGGAAAAGCUGUUUCCUACCUCGGCCCCAAGUAGCAAGGGCCUGGACCCCUGGGCCCAAGAUGGACAAGAGGGGGCAGGUUGGAUGCUUAACUGGCUGAGCCGCCCCGGAGCCCCGUACAUGUAUGAUUUUUUCCACACACUCAUGAAACCGUCAUCACAACCAAGACAGCGACUAGAUCACCUCAGAAGAUUCCCUCAAGUCCUUUGGGAAUCCCUCCCACCCCUCUCUCCACCUCAAGCAACUACCAUUCUGCUUUCUGCCAUAAUUACUGUAGUUUAAAUUUUCUAGACUUAAAUAAAUGCAAUCAUAUAGUAUAUACUCA